AUUUGAAGUGAUUUAUUCAUAUAUUAAAUAAUUGAGGGGCGGGCAGGCAGCACAGAAAGAUGAGGACACUAUUUGUUUUUAUGAUUGGAGUGAGCAUGCUGAUGUGGCUUAUGAAUGUGCCAGCCGGAGGGCGGUGGCCGGGGGUGGAUGCUGCUGAAGCAGUGGUGGCGGUACAUGCGGCCGCCAAGGUGGGUGAUCAGCCGCCACCUCCUGGCACGCCCUGGGAAUAUACGUUUGCACCGACGCAGGAGCCGCCGCCGCCGCCGCCGCAUCGUGAUCAUCAUAUGAAGUAUAUAUUAAUAAGUGUCUUAGUUGUUGUCAUUAUCGGCCUAAUCGUAGCUAUUGUGUGUGCCGUAAAAACCUGCAAGAAGAAGAGAGAUAGCCCCAAGAAGUAAUAUAUACUACGUAUAUAUAUUCAAUAAUUCUCUGAUCAAAUUAAUUAAUCACAUAAAUACCGGUCCGACCGGCCGGCUAUAUUUUAUUGUUUUUGCUCCCGACCGACUCCGGCCCGGCCCUAUACAUUUGCAUCACACACAUGUAUGUGUCUUCACUUCAGUUUUCAAUAUAUAUUAUCUACUUUCUAUUAAUGUAUCCAACACGUUAAUUAAUUAAUUAUUUAAUUGGUCAGUAGUAUGGUAUUCAGUGUUUUCCCAAAUGACGUCUUACAUUUAUACUAUCGUAUAUGUUUGUACUCUCC